UCAAUUAUGCAGGGUAGCCGCACGCACUGGGAAGGAAGAUAGCAGCAACAAUAUGGCGACAGCCGCAGUUUCUCCCGAAUCUUUUCGACAUCUGCAGUUCAGUGACUAUACGCUGGAUAUCUGUUAAUGCGGGAAAAAGUCCGGAUGUCCGGGAUGGAACAGAAAUAAAGAACACGUAGCUGCAGGAUGAAAACAUGGCUGCGCCCCUUAUUGCACCCCCAGGACCUGACAGCUUCAAGAAGUUCAAGCCCGAAUCCCUCGCUAACAUCGAGAAGCGCAUCAACGAGGCGAAGAACAAGAAGCCCAAGCCCAAGUCGGACAGCAGUCACCGCGACGAUGAUGAGGACAACAAACCUAAGCCCAACAGUGACCUGGAGGCUGGGAAGAGCGUGCCCUUCAUUUAUGGGGACGUUCCUAAAGGAAUGCUGGCAAUACCACUGGAAGAUUUGGACCCCUACUAUUUGAAUGAGAAAACAUUUAUAGUCCUAAACAAAGGGAAAACAAUCUUCCGCUUUAGUGCCACGCCCUCCUUAUACAUCAUAAGCCCCUUUAAUCUAUUUAGGCGAAUAGCAAUUAAGAUUUUGAUACAUUCUUUAUUCAGUAUGAUCAUUAUGUGCACCAUUUUGACCAACUGUAUAUUCAUGACUUUUAGCGAUCCACCAGAAUGGUCCAAACAAGUAGAGUAUACCUUCACGGGUAUUUACACUUUCGAGUCACUUACGAAGAUUGUUGCCAGGGGCUUCUGUAUAGACGGAUUCACCUUUCUAAGAGAUCCAUGGAACUGGUUGGACUUCAUGGUCAUCUCGAUGGCAUAUAUAACAGAGUUUGUGGACCUUGGGAAUGUCUCGGCGUUAAGAACGUUCAGGGUUCUCCGAGCAUUGAAAACUAUUUCUGUCAUUCCAGGUCUGAAGACCAUCGUCGGAGCUCUUGUCCAGUCGGUGAAAAAACUGUCCGAUGUGAUGAUCCUAACCGUAUUCUGUCUCGGUGUCUUCGCUUUGAUUGGACUUCAGCUCUUCAUGGGAAACUUGCGGCACAAGUGUGUCGUAUGGCCAAUAAACAACACUGAGACCACGUUGGCCAAUGGCAGCCUAGGAUUUGACUGGAACGAAUACAUUAUGAAUGACACCAAUUUUUACUUCAUACCUGGUCAGAUAGAUGCCCUUCUCUGUGGAAAUAGCUCAGACUCAGGACGGUGUCCAGAAGGCUUCACGUGUAUGAAGGCAGGAAGAAACCCAAACUAUGGCUACACCAGCUUUGACAGCUUCGGAUGGGCCUUUCUCACGCUCUUCCGUCUCAUGACCCAGGACUUCUGGGAGAACCUCUACAUGCUGACAUUGAGGGCGGCAGGGAAGACGUACAUGAUCUUCUUCGUGCUGGUGAUCUUCGUGGGUUCUUUCUACCUGGUGAACCUGAUCCUGGCUGUGGUGGCUAUGGCGUACGAGGAGCAGAACCAGGCCACCAUGGAGGAGGCUGAGCAGAAGGAGGCCGAGUUCAAGGCCAUGCUUGAGCAGCUUAAAAAACAGCAGGAAGAUGCACAGGCUGCUGCCAUGGCGACCUCGGCUGGCACGGUGUCGGAGGACCCCGUGGGGGAAGAUGGUGAGGUUCACCUGUCCCGUAGCUCCUCAGAAGUCUCCAAGCUGAGCUCCAAAAGCGCCAAGGAGCGUCGCAACCGCAAGAAGAAGUGGCGUCAGAAGGAGCAGGAGAAGGAGAAGGGUGACAGCGAGAAGGUGGUCAAGUCUGAAUCUGAUGACGGCAGCAAGAGGAGCACCUUCCGUUUCCCAGGCAACCGGCUGGGGAGAAAGACGUCCAUAAACCAGUCUCUCCUCAGCAUCCCAGGCUCGCCCUUCAUGUCACGCCACAACAGCCGCAGCAGCAUCUUCAGCUUCAAGGGCCGCUCCAAGGACGUGGGCUCGGAGAACGAGUUUGCCGACGACGAGCACAGCACGGUGGAGGAGAGCGAGGACCGCCGUGGCUCCCUAUUCAUCCCCUACCGGCGCAACAGCUACAGCGGCAACAGCCAGGGCUCGUCACGCAUCAACCCACUGGUGCCCCACUCUGGAGGGAAGAGGAACAGCACGGUGGACUGCAACGGCGUGGUGUCGCUCAUCGGCCCAGGGCCCGGCGGACGGCUUCUGCCUGAGGUGAAAAUAGAUAAGGCAGCCACUGACGACAGUACCACAGAGGUGGAGGUAAAGAAGAAGCACUCAGGCUCUCUGAUGGUGUCUGUGGACCAGCUCAACUCCUCCUUCAAGGGGAAGGACCGGGCCAACAGUCUUAUGAGCGGGGUCACCAACACUCUGGUGGAGGAGUUGGAGGAGUCUCAGAGGAAGUGCCCUCCAUGCUGGUACAAAUUUGCUAACAUAUUCCUCAUCUGGGAGUGCUUUCCCUUUUGGCUGAAGAUCAAGCACGUUGUCAACCUUAUCGUCAUGGACCCCUUUGUUGACUUGGGCAUCACUAUCUGCAUCGUCCUCAACACUUUGUUCAUGGCCAUGGAGCACUAUCCCAUGACCCCCCACUUUGAGGAAGUGCUGUCUGUGGGCAAUCUGGUAUUCACUGGUAUCUUCGCUGGUGAGAUGUUUGCAAAGCUAGUUGCAAUGGACCCCUACUACUACUUCCAGGAAGGCUGGAACUGCUUUGACGGCUUCAUUGUGACCCUGAGUUUAGUCGAGCUGGGAUUGGCUGACGUAGAGGGACUGUCUGUGCUCAGGUCAUUCCGAUUGUUACGAGUGUUCAAAUUGGCCAAAUCAUGGCCCACCCUCAACAUGCUUAUCAAGAUCAUUGGCAACUCUGUGGGUGCCCUGGGGAACCUGACCCUGGUGCUGGCCAUCAUUGUCUUCAUCUUCGCUGUGGUCGGCAUGCAGCUCUUUGGCAAAAGCUACAAAGACUGUGUGUGUAAGAUCAACAUGGAGUGCGAGCUGCCACGCUGGCACAUGAACGACUUCUUUCACUCUUUUCUCAUUGUGUUUCGUGUAUUAUGCGGUGAAUGGAUCGAGACCAUGUGGGACUGCAUGGAGGUGGCUGGACAGACCAUGUGUCUAAUCGUCUUCCUGAUGGUUAUGGUGAUAGGGAACUUGGUGGUGUUGAACCUGUUCCUUGCUUUGCUACUGAGCUCUUUCAGUGCCGACAAUCUUGCGGCAACAGAUGACGACGGCGAAAUGAACAACCUCCAGAUCGCCGUCAUACGCAUUAAGGCGGGAAUCGCCUGGUUUAAGAUACACUUUGCUGUUUUUGUAGCCACUGUGCUCAAAAAGCCCAUCGAGGACGAACAAAAGCCCUUAGAUGACAUGUACGAUAAAAAAUUAAACUGCAUCGCCAACCACACUGGCGUGGACGGCAACCGCGAACUGGACUACGCCAAGAACGGUAAUGGAACUACCAGCGGCAUCGGUAGCAGCGUGGGCAAGUACAUGAUCGACGAGGACCACAUGUCCUUUAUCCACAAUCCCAACCUGACCGUGUGUGUCCCCAUCGCCGUGGGCGAGUCCGACUUUGAGAACCUCAACACGGAGGACUUCAGCAGCGAGUCGGAUGUGGAAAACAGCAAAGACCUGGAUGACACCAGCUCGUCCGAGGGCAGCACCAUAGACAUCAAGCCUGAUGUGGAGGAGGUAGCGGUGGUGGAGGUGGUGGAAGAGUACCUGGAUCCUGACGCCUGCUGGACAGAUGAAUGCGUGGCUAAAUAUAAGUGCUGUGAUGUGCCUAUCACACACGGCUGGGGGAAACAUUGGUGGUUCCUGAGGAAGACUUGCUAUCUGAUUGUGGAACACAACUGGUUUGAGACUCUCAUCAUCUUCAUGAUCCUGCUUAGUAGUGGCGCUUUGGCCUUUGAGGAUGUGUACAUAGAGCAGAGGAAAACCAUCAAAAUAAUCCUGGAGUAUGCAGACAGAGUAUUCACCUAUAUCUUUAUCCUGGAGAUGUUGCUAAAAUGGGUGGCGUACGGCUUCGUAAAGUACUUCACCAACGCCUGGUGCUGGCUGGACUUCUUCAUUGUGGAUGUAUCUAUAGUCAGCCUUAUAGCUAAUGCAUUGGGCUACUCCGAUCUAGGGCCCAUUAAGUCACUCAGGACACUGAGGGCCUUGAGACCCCUCAGGGCUUUGUCCCGUUUUGAGGGCAUGAGGGUGGUGGUGAAUGCCCUGGUAGGAGCCAUCCCCUCCAUCAUGAACGUACUGCUGGUGUGUCUCAUCUUCUGGCUCAUCUUCAGCAUCAUGGGCGUCAACCUUUUUGCCGGCAAAUAUUAUUAUUGCUAUAAUGAGACGGAGGGGGCUCUGUUCCUCCCGGAUGUGGUCAACAACAAGACCCAAUGCUUUGCGCUUAUUAAUGCUAAUUACACGGAUGUCAGAUGGAAGAAUGUCAAAAUUAACUUUGACAAUGUGGGCGCUGGAUAUUUAGCCCUCCUGCAAGUGGCCACAUUUAAGGGCUGGAUGGACAUUAUGUAUGCAGCAAUAGAUUCUAGAAAGGUGGAGGACCAGCCAAUAUAUGAGGACAACAUCUACAUGUACAUCUACUUUGUUAUCUUCAUCAUUUUUGGCUCUUUCUUCACCCUCAACCUCUUCAUUGGUGUUAUCAUUGACAACUUCAACCAGCAAAAAAAGAAGUUUGGAGGUCAGGAUAUCUUCAUGACAGAGGAACAAAAAAAAUAUUAUAAUGCUAUGAAAAAGCUUGGCUCGAAGAAACCACAGAAACCCAUCCCAAGACCACUGAACAAAGUCCAGGGGAUGAUAUUUGAUUUUGUAACACAGCAAGUUUUUGACAUCUCCAUUAUGAUGCUCAUCUGCCUGAACAUGGUCACCAUGAUGGUGGAGACGGACGACCAGACGGAGGAGACAGAGAACAUCCUCUACUGGGUCAAUUUUGUUUUCAUUGUAGCCUUCACUACAGAGUUUGUGCUCAAGCUCUUUGCUCUACGCCACUACUACUUUACUAUAGGAUGGAACAUCUUCGAUGUUGUCGUGGUAAUCCUCUCUAUCGUCGGGAUGUUCCUGGCUGACAUCAUUGAGAAGUACUUUGUUUCACCAACCCUGUUCAGGGUGAUCCGCUUGGCCCGUAUUGGCCGUAUCCUGCGUCUCAUUAAGGGUGCCAAGGGCAUUAGAACUCUGCUGUUUGCCCUCAUGAUGUCACUUCCUGCCCUCUUCAACAUUGGGCUGUUGCUCUUCCUGGUCAUGUUCAUUUUCUCUAUCUUCGGCAUGUCUAACUUUGGCUACGUCAAGCAUGGGGCUGGGAUCGACGACAUGUACAAUUUUGAAACAUUCGGCAAUAGCAUGAUCUGCCUGUUUAUGAUAACCACGUCAGCUGGCUGGGACGGCCUGCUGCUUCCCAUCCUCAACUACCCCCCGGACUGCAACCCCGCUCUGGAGAACCCAGGAACCCCCAACACGGGCGACUGUGGAAACCCCUCGGUGGGAAUCUUCUUCUUUGUCAUGUACAUCAUCAUCUCCUUCCUCAUUGUGGUCAACAUGUACAUCGCCAUCAUCCUGGAGAACUUCAGUGUGGCCACUGAGGAGAGCGCAGACCCGCUAAGCGAGGACGACUUUGAGACCUUCUACGAAAUCUGGGAGAAAUUUGACCCUGAUGCUUCCCAGUUCAUCAACUUCGCCAAGCUGUCCGACUUUGCAGAUACACUGGAGCACCCACUGCGCUUGCCCAAGCCCAACACUAUAGAACUGAUUGCCAUGGACAUGCCCAUGGUGAGUGGCGACCGAAUCCACUGCCUGGACAUCCUGUUUGCCUUCACCAAGCGUGUGUUGGGCGACAGCGGCGAACUUGACAUGCUGAGGCAGCAGAUGGAGGAGCGCUUUGUAGCGGCCAACCCCUCCAAGGUGUCCUACGAGCCAAUCACCACGACCCUGAGGCGUAAACAGGAAGACGUGUCUGCCAAGAUCAUUCAGCGAGCGUACCGUUCCUACCUGGCCAGGCGGGGCUUCAAAUGCAAGCGCAAACCAGCCAAUAACAAAGUGGAAAAUGGCGAAACGAAUCAGGAAAAGAAGGAAGGCACGCCCUCCACCGCCUCCCUCCCCUCUUAUGACAGUGUUACCAAACCUGACAAGGAGAAGCAGGAUGACAACAACGAGGGCAAGGGAGGGAGGAAAGAGAAGGGCAGAAACCAAAAAGAUGUCAGGGAAUCGAAGUGUUAGAUUAUUGGAAUAAAUAAUAACAGUAAUAACAGUAAUAAUUAUUAAAUGUAACUUCAAGCAAAGCGAGAGGAAACCAUCUAACCCCACACAGAUGUACAGAUAAUUUCAUUUGCAAGUAAGAAAAUAAUACUAUUAAAUACUUUUGUUUACAGACUUCAUACUUGUAUCGAUGCAGAGAGAAGCAGCUCCAACUCUUUCAGCUUGAAGACACUUGAACUUGAUUUAAACCAAACAUAAUCAGCGUACUGUGUGACAUUGAUGCAUCUAGACUACUGAUCUUAACUAAAAGGGAAUGAUUUACAGACAAAAUAUUAAGGAAAUGUCUGUGUCUGCCGGAAGGGCAGAUAGUCCACUUACUGCUGGGAUAUUUGGAUUAGGAACAGAACUCUACAUUUAGAGGCUUGGAUGUGAAACACUGAGGGGAUCCAUGGUGUGGAUGCAAACAAUGGAUUCCCAUGGAAACCAGUGACGUGGGUGAGGAGAGUAAGGCAAUGCUGCUGGAUGCUGAAGAAGCAGUCUGAAGGCUGGUUCUGUGUCAUUCACUUUUGAAAUGAAUGGAAGAAACUAAACAAACAUUAUCACUCUAUGAACAAACAGAAGAAUGGACAAGAGAAAGACAAAAAAAGACCCAGGACAAUGUAAGGGUUUUUUCUUUGGUUUGUUAAUGCUGAAUAUACUUGUAUCUCCACUUAAUUUGAGCGGCAAAAAAGCUAAAAGAAAAAAAAAAAAGAAAAAAGAACAACAUUGAACAUUUGCCCAUGUCACUUAACUCUUCUACUCAUUCUAUCUUUGUUAUACCCACAUCGAAAAGCUUUUUCUACAUGGGCUUUCACACUGAUUGGUUAAGGGUCUGUUUAUUAAGGGGUCAACUUGGGCCAAGGGCUUACAUUUACUCUGACAGAUUUCCAAACAAAUACAUAAAUAAUUGUGCUUGUUCAAUGCAUAGAAAUGACUUGCAUGAUGGCAUGUUUUGAUCAGAAAUCUUGCAUGAAUAAUCAUAGUCCACAAGACACUAUUACUCAGACCACUACAGUGACUUGGCCUGACGUUCCAGACACUGUUGAAAAAUUGAAAGUGAGAAAUAAGUAAUUUGUUUUACAAUGAGAAAUUAUAUGGGGUUAUUAAUCUCGAAUGGACCCUGUCUUUCUCUUUAAUCAACACUUUUCAAACAACAGACAUUUUAUUGUAGCCUCAGUACACAAAAUUAGUCUGGAACUACACACAUUGUUGGUGUUCUCAAAAAUACCAACAUUGUAAUUAAAAGAGGACAAAUCCUCUUUUUUUUUGCUGCUCUGGAGAUUCUGAGUGUGGAAAAUAUGGAUGUUUGUGUGUAUCGUUGGAACUAAACUGAUGGAUGGUUUGAAUAGUGAGAAAAAUACUGUAAAUCUUUAAAAAGCUUUUAUUUUUAGCAUCAUCAGUUAUGUAAUGUACCAUUCUUUCUGCUUUGGUUUCUGCGUUGGACGAGGCGUUGUGAGAGUGAUUUAGUGUGGGCUUGGGUGGCCAGUGGGGAUUAGACAGGUGUGGAAACUACUUUCAGAUGUUUCUCUAUGGGUGAAAGAGUCCUAUCAGGACUAAGAAUGGCUGUGAUUGAACAGGAUUAUUCAUUCUGCUACAACAACAAAUUUUGAAUUUCUUUUCAUAUGGCUAUGCUAUUUGUAAAAAAUAAUUAUCCAUGUGAUGAUUUAUUGUUCAUGUGGUAAUGGCUAAUGAGAUUUAUUUGACCAUGCAUUUUAAUCCCAGGAUAAAAUGAUGUUGAGAGAGUGAUGAUCUUGAGCUAGAGGAUGUUUUUUGGUGUGAGUAAGUGAGCUGGGAGAGAGAACACGUGAGAGGCAGAGAGAGAGAAACAUAAAUGGGUGUACUGGUGAUGGUGAAUCACAAUGUGGAGAAGCCAAAGAGACCUGCCUCGUGAUCCCAGCUGUCGCCCCCAUCCCAUGAAUGGGAGAGGACGUAGAGUGCCCCACCCAUUCCGUUUUUUUGCUGUCAUUGUUAGGAAAGACCCUAGAAAUGUACUCAAGGCUUGAAAUAUCCACCCCUUUUUCUCAGGAGAUAUUACAGAUGUAUUAUAACAAGCUCUGCAACUAAAUGCAAGUGAAUGUGAUGAGAGUAUUUAUGAACACAUUUUAUUAUUGUGUGAUGUUAUGCCAUGCUGAUGGACAAUGGUCUGGGCUGGCUGCCUAGCUAGGGCAGCUGGCCUGUCAGGGGCCAGUUUAGAGCUUCCUGCUAAUGACGCUUAGAAAUAAUAGGGCUUGAAGCAUCUCAGUGAAACGGCAACAUUUCGCUCGCUUAUAAAGCCAGCGUUUGUAUCGGUAGCGGAUUAUAUUUGUGGUUUGUGACGUUAUGGAAUUGGGUCUGGUCUCGAUGAAAUACGUAAAUAUACAAGAGCAGUAAUAAUGUUCACCCCCAAUAGAAAUCAAUGGUAUAGGAAACACUGAGGAGAUGUAAUGAGCGUGAAUUUGGAUAUGUUGGUUUGAGCGGCACACUAAAUUCAUUCUGAGGCUAUUGUGGUAUGUUCAGGAGCUUAGGCCCCAGAGAUCAUUAUUUGAAACCCACGUGCUCUGAAACCCCUCAUUAGCCAUUCUUCUUCACAAAGCUAAACGCUUAACAAAUACCAAAUAAUCAACAGAGCCAGAGCUUUUGCACUUUGUGUUGUGCAGUGAUGUCACUUCCUGUUAAUGAAUAAAUUCCCUGCCCCUUUUCAAGUUUUAUGGUCUAGUUGCUGCAUGAGAUCUCCAAAAUCAGUGUGGGUGUUAACUUGAACCAAAUAAAACUCUGAAUGAUAAGCAUACAAGCUACUGCCGUCCAUUUUCUCCAAGCCCAUCAAGGAAAUACAUAAAUGUACUAACUGAAAAAACACACUUACAUCCAUUUGAAAAAAUAGAAGAAAAAAAUGUACAGUUCAGGCCAUGUUGUAAACGGCACAAUAUGCUGAAAAGUUAAGAAUGGACUUUUUAAGAGACUAUAAAUAAUGUAAUAUAUCAUUUUAUUUUAACAGCAUGCAUAGUUUUUGUAAAUACAGAAAUACUGAAAAAACUACUGCUAUUAAUCUAAUACUAAAUAUUAAUAACCAUACAUAGAAUGGCUUCCAGCUGACACCCCUUGUCACACUUGUUAGGCUGUGACACAUUUGUUAGAUGGAGUAGAUUUUUGGAGUCACUUUUCACAUAAAAGAGGGGAGUCAAUUAAAAGAAUCUAUAUUAAAGUGCAAAAACUAUAUAUAAAUCAAUACAUAUAUAGAACUAUAUUACAUAUAUAUUAUAUAUAUAUUUCAAUAUAUAUAUAGUAUAUAUCCAUUAGAAAAAUGUCCUCAACUCUCCUUUUUGCUACUAGUAUUGAGGAGAAACCAGUACCACAGACUGUAAUUGCUCACAUUUCUUUUUUUGUGCAAUAUGUUUAGUGAAUGACCAAAACUCUGGCCUGCCCAGGAUCUCUAUGUAUUGGGUACAGGCGUACAAUGCAUGGUGUUGUACUGGCUGCUUGCUGAGGAUCGUGUAGCCUGCAUUGGUGAGAGGAUUGCACUACCAGCACACCCUUUUGUACAUGUGUGAUGAUGUCUUGCCCACAAUUUCCGCCACCUCUUAGUGAAUACCCGUCUAGAAACCU